AUGCCUCCAUUCCUCCGCCCUCGUCUCCCUGUCCCUCUCCGCAACGUCAACCUCACCCUCACAACAACCCGCCUCUCCUCAUCAUCAUCCUUCUCCUCACGCCCAUCCCCCCCAAAACUCCCCGCCGCCCAACAAGCCGAAUUCGAACGCCUCCAGCGCGCAGCCGCCGUAUCGUCCGCCUUCCAAGAAGUAGCUGCAACCCAGACUCCUCCCGCGACCGAAACUCCUCGCCACACAACGACCGCUUCCUCUUCUUCUUCAGCUUCCGGUUCUGUUUCAUCGGCGCAGAAGACUGAUGAGGCUACGACGCUCAAUCAGGGCCUCUUUCGCGGCGCGCCUCCGGAAUUCGAAGGCGAUACGAAUCCCAAGACGGGCGAGGUGGGAGGGCCGAAGAAUGAGCCUUUGAGGUGGGGUGGGGAGGGGGAUUGGAGCUAUAAUGGCAGGGUGACGGACUUUUGA